CUGCGAAUUCAGUCGGUUUCGAGCGACCGCCGCGACCGGACGGGAAAAAGAGCUAGGUCUUCUGGUGCGUAAGGAAGUAAGUUCUCUGCGGUUCCGGUGUGUUAGUUUUUUUUCGGGUGCUGUGCAAUAAACGUUUCCAUUUUAUCUGGUGCAAAGAUUCAAGAACCCAGGCGAUUUUUGUGAGGUUUUUUUUGGUGCUAGCGGUGCUCUAAGACAGUGGCAGGGAAGCCGGAUAAUCCCUUCGGAUGUGGUGCAAAAGUGGCUUCGACAGGUUGUUUCCAGCAGCUAUUGGAGAAGUGUUAUGAAUUUUUGACGGUUUGGCGGUUAAGUUGAAUGGAUGAUAGCCGUUUACGCUAAGAAGAGAGUAGAUAAAUUAAACGGAACGCAUUUUGACCGAAAGUGGAGGUUUGAAGUUUAAUUCAUAAUGGUUGAAAAGUAAUGAGUGAGAAAAAUAUUUGACUGAUCCGGCAAAAGAAAGGUGGCAGUGAUGUGUGACUUUUGAAGUGAAUUAAAAAUUGUCUACCAGUGAUAUCGUCAAUUGGAAACCUAGAAGAACUAACCGUGUCAAUUCGUUGAAGCGUUCAAGGUUGCGAUCAUCAUCAUGUAUGGGAUGCUGUUGGAGAGUGUCCAGCACUUUGUACAGUACCCGUAACCGUAAAGAUUUGACGACAGCAUUCGGAAAGCGGAGGCAUUUCUUGAGAACAUUUUUAAAGAAAAAGGAUAUAGGCAACUCCCGGUGACGACGAAUUCCUGCAUAAUACAAAUUGUUGAUGUUUGCUCGCUGCAAAGAAAGCUGCUGUAAAAGUGAAUCGGAAAACGAACUCUCAAGAAUUUUCCCCUGAAGAAGAAAGCUAGCAGACAUCAGUAGCAGCAGAAGUGCUUUCGUGAGGUUAGGGGGGAUGAUUGCCGGCAGCUGCCGGGCUGCGUGAGAAGAAUACCAAUCGAGUGUACUUUAUGACUCAACAAUCGCCAAACACUUUUCGGUAGAACCUUACAGCAUAUAAACAAUACUUGGAAAAAAAAACACACCUACGUAAAGUUUUAGAUUGAUGAAAGUUGAAAACCAAUAGCUAGAUCAUACCAUUAAAAAUGUACGGCCUUAUUUUGGAGGGUGUCCAGAACGCCAUACUGCUGGAAUAUGGAGAGCCGGUCUGGAAACAGGCCCUGCUAGCGGCCGGCUGUAAACUAACCGUUUUCAACACCUAUCAGCAAUAUCCGGACAGCUUGAUUCCGGAUCUGGCGGCAGCGCUUUCGGCCAUUACCGGCCAGAGCAUCGACGAGUUUAUGGUGUUUUUCGGACGAUGUUUCGUGCGAUUCUUCAGCAACUUUGGUUACGAUGAGCUGAUCAAGGCCACCGGACGGUAUUUCUGUGAUUUUCUUCACUCGGUGGACAACAUCCAUCUGCAGAUGCGGUUCACCUACCGGAAGAUGAAAAGCCCUUCGAUGCAGCUGAUCGAGGUUGAUGAGCGAGGGGCGGUACUGGUUUAUCGAAGUACCCGCUCGGGAUUUUCCAAGUACUUGCGGGGGCAGCUGAUGGAGAUUGCUAAGCAGCUGUACAAUAUGGAUGUAACUAUCAAGGUGCUGGAGAGUCAGAACGAUGUGCCCGGGGGAACGGCGGGGCCGAUCUCAAUUCAAGGAGGUUUGAAAACUGUCAUCGUGAAAUAUCGGUUGGAUUUCGAUAAUCUUGAGUAUAUGCAGAAGCGGGUCCACAUGAAGGCCCACCCGUCGCAGCUGGCCCUGUCCCCGGUGAGCAGCAGCCUGCUGCUCGACCUGUUCCCCUUCGCGCUGAUCCUGAACGAGCAGAUGCGUAUUACGGCGGCCGGCGAGAAGCUCAUCGAAUCGUGGAUGCUGAACAACGUCAAUCGUUCGCCGACGGAGCUGAUGGGCUCCAAAGUGACCGAUCACUUCAAACUGCGGCGACCUACCGGGAUCACGUUUACCUGGGAUAAUAUGAAGCGGCUACAGACGGUAAACUUCGAAAUUCAAUUGCUCAAGGGAGCGACGGCGACCGAUGGAGCUGAAGAAGGUCCACAGGAACCCGAUGAUCCCGGGAAGCUGAUGAAUAUUGCUCGGAGGGGUUCCCAAGGGUUGAGGAGCAUUCUGUUGAAGGGCGAGAUGCGUUACAUUCGGGACAUCAAUUCGUUGGUGUUUCUGUGCAGUCCUUUGAUCAACAACCUCGAGGAGCUGCGGGAAGUUGGCCUGUACCUGAACGAUCUGAACACUCACGGGCUCAGCCGUGAAAUGGUAUUUUCCGGAUUUUCACACAACUCUCGGCUGGAUCUGAUGUGUGAGCGCGAGGAAAAGCGAGCUGAAGAGCUGGAAACGUCACUGGCCUUGGCCGACGAAUGGAAACGGCAGGGUGACGAGCUGUUGUACUCGAUGAUCCCAAGGUCGAUAGCUGAACGGCUGCGAGAAGGGCAGAACCCUCAAGAGACGUGCCAGAGCCACGAAGAGGUGACUGUUCUGUUUGCAGAGAUUCAGGAAUCGCUUACGUCCGAUGACUCCAUCAAAUACGCGAUGACGACUGUGAACACGCUGAAUGCGGCCUUCACCGCAUUCGACGAGUUGAUCCAGUCGCCGAUGGCCUACAAGGUGGAGACAGUUGGCAAGGUCUAUAUGGCGGUGAGCGGUGCGCCAGAUGUUAAUCCUUGCCACGUACAGCACUCGGCCGAUUUGGCGUUGGGGAUGCUGCAGAGCAUUCUCGACCUCAAGCUGCCGGGAGUUGGAGUGAAAAUUGGAGUCCACACCGGUCCAAUAGUGGCCGGAAUCGUCGGGCUGAAGGUGCCCCGGUACUGCCUGUUCGGGGACACCGUCAAUACGGCAUCGCGCAUGGAGAGCAGCAGCGACAUUAACAAAAUUCAGGUUUCGGGCUUCACGGCUAACAAGCUCAAAAAGUAUGGCUACAAGUUAACAUUCCGUGGAAAGGUCGCUGUGAAGGGCAAAGGCGAGAUGGAAACCUUCUGGCUGGAGGGUGGUCCCAGCAGCGUUAGCAAGAAGAUCUCCGGUAAAUGAUCAAUGUUUUGAUGUUUCUAGUACUAGUUCGCUGGAAAGAUUGUUUUCCCCACUGACUGUGCCUUCACUCUAUGCAAUUUGAAACACAUCUACUAAGAGGACCUAACAAUCUAGAUACAUACAAGCUCACGAAAAGACUCACGACUCAGUCCCUAGGUGGACGGCUAGGUGCGUAACUGGUUGAUUUAAAUAAAUGUAUUGAAUUUUGAUUGCAA